AUGAACUCGAAGCAAAGCCGCUAUGUAGUGUUCGUCUACUUGCUCUUGUUGCUUCUCGACGGUGGCUUCACUCUUACGAAUAGUGGGAGAGCAUUCCUGUCACAGAGAAAUAUUGAAACGAACCUGACGUCUUUCCCUGGAAGCGGCUCGAUCGUGGAAAAAAAUCGCUUCGCAGGGAUCAGCGAUUACAUGUACGAAGGCGAUAUCAACCUAACCGAGGAACAACUCACUGCCCUCGAAUCGAAAUUGAACAACGGUACAACUCGACAAAAACGCCAAGCAUCCAAGCUUUUUCCUUUGUGGACAAACAAAAUAGUGUUCUACUACUAUAAUGAAAGCUUUGUACCACCAAUGAGGGCGCUCGUCAACAAGACUCUUGCUUACCUCAGUGCUCGCACAUGUCUUACCUUUGUUGAGAACGCGACAGCUACGAAUCGCGUUCGAGUGAUCGAAGGUGAUGGCUGUUACUCGUCCGUCGGAAUGAUUGGAGGCGAACAGGACUUGUCGCUAGGCUGCGGUACAGUAAGUUCCCUAAACAAAGCUCUUGUACAAAAGUAG